AUGGAACACUUCCCUGAAGCUUGGGGUCGACCCAGAAAUGAUAUUUAUGGACCUUACGACCAUUCAUACCUACAGACUACGGGUCCAAAAGCCCACACCCAGUCUCCCGCGGUCACCGGUACAUCGGUCAUCGGAGUGAAAUUCAACGGGGGCGUUGCCAUUGCUUCCGAUAACCUAGCAUCUUAUGGUUCUCUUGCUCGGUUCACCGAUGUUAAACGACUCCGCGUUUUUGGUGAUUCUGCUAUCGUCGGUUUUGGAGGAGACGUAUCCGACAUGCAACACAUUGACCGGCUACUCAACUCCAUUGAUAUCCGUGAAAAUUAUUCCUCCGAUGGAAACCUUCUCAAUGCCAAAAACCUGCACACCUAUCUUUCCAAGGUUUUUUACAAGCGACGUUCUGAGUUCAAUCCUCUCUGGAACCACAUUCUGGUAGCGGGUUUUGAUGGCGAUGGCAAGCCAUUCCUCAGCUCUGCAGACUUGCUGGGGACGACAUUCUCAGCUCCACAUCUCGCAACCGGGUUUGGUGCCCAUCUUGCCAUUCCCAUUCUUCGCCGCCUAUUCCCAGAGGACACGCCUCUCGAGAACAUCAGCAAGGAACAGGCAGUGGAAGCACUGAGGGAAUGUAUCAAGGUUCUCUGGUACAGAGAUGCGCGCAGUCUUGACAAGUUCUCGAUAGCAACCGUAACGAAAGAUGGAAUCGAGGUGAAAGAGGACGAGAAGGUUGAAGCACAGAGUUGGGCUUUUGCCGAGACUAUCAGGGGCUAUGGGGCUCAGGUCAACUGA